AUGGCGUGGCAGGAUUCCCACGGGAUCGCGGGGCUCUCCUCCCUGGGGGCGAGCCCGCUCGCGACACCGCGGAGGCCCGUCGGCGUGGACGCCGUGCCCGCGACGCAAGAGCCGUCGUCGACGCCGGCGAACGCGACGUCGCGAAUGUCCUUCGACUCGCAAGGCGGAGGCGGCAAGGCGUCGUCCGCGUCGAGGAUGUCGUUCGAUAACGACCGCGACGACGGCGUGAGUUCGCCGCCGUUCCGGAGCGUCCCCAGAAGCGGCGGAGGCGGCGCGGGGUCGCGCUGGAGCCCGUACGGCUUCGCGGAGCCCGCGGAGCUCGGACCGGGGGGCGCGUCGAUGUCCACGCGGCUGAAACGCCCGCGGUCGUCCAGCCACCUGUCCGACGACGACGUGCAGCCGACGCGACUGUUCGGCGCGUCGCCCGGGACGAAGCGCGCGCUCUCCGAGAUGAUGGCGAAGGAUCUCCAGCGACUGAACGUCUCCCCCGCCGCGGCCGCCGGCGCGGGAGAGCGCGAUUUGCGCGUGCGCGAGCGAAAUUCGUUCGACGGCGGCGCCGCCGCGUCCGCCUCCGCGUGGGCGACGACGCAGCCGCACGCGGUCACCCCCAGGGCGAGCUGGGAAGGAAUCGACGCGGACGCCUCCCCGUGGGCGUCUUCGUUCGGCGUGGUCAGCCCCGGGGCGGCGGCGGCGGCGGACGGUCGCUUGACGACGUGGAACGACGCGUCGCCGAUGAGCACGGAGAAGGACGCGUUCGACGACGCGAACGACGCGGACGCCGCGCCCGGGAGCGUCGUGAGCGUGAUGUCCGUGGACGCGUUCUCGCCGUCGCCUCACUCGAGGCUGGUGCUCCCGGAGUCGAUCGCGCGAAGGAGAUCGGCGCUGUCGCAGCAGUUACGCGAAGCGUCGUGUUUGCCCGAGGGACUGCCGCCGGGGACGGUGGGGUCUUCGCGUGGUUUUUUCGGCGGCGGCGGCGCGGAGAGCCGCGACGCCGCCGCCGCAGGCGCGCCGGCGUUCUUGCCGCCGUCGCCGUCCGGGGAGGUAUCCCCGCGGUCGGAUUUGAGGAAGCAGGCGAUCUUGAAGCGCGUGUCCUUGGCCGCGCACGCGAUGCCGAUGAUGCACGCGACGCCUCGGUUGAUGUUGCCUCCGGCGAUCGGACCCCCUGGAAGGGAGGACGACGACGACGGCGACGACGAAAACGACGUGGACGAGAACAAGAGGAUGAUCGAGUGA